UUUCUCUCUAACGGCGCCCCUCCCAGCGCAGGAUGGGCAAAGGCGCGACGCGCCUCGGGUUGUGUGCGGGCCGCGGCGCACGUCCCCUCGAUGGGAAAGAUGACGCUCCGGCAGGAGGAAGGCGGGAGGCGUGUCUGACCGGCGGAGCUGAAGAGCUCCAUCCAGCCCAGGCUCGCUUUAGUUGCGGCAGACAGAGGCGACAUGUCGCUGGUGCCUUCUCGUCGCCUGUGCCGGACGCUGCUGGUCCUCCUCCUCCUCCUCGCCCUGCUCUCCAGAGGCGCUUCCGCCGAAGCCCCGUCGGCGGAGCAACGCUGCUUUUGUCAGGUCACCGGUCAUUUAGACGACUGCACUUGUGAUGUUGAGACUAUUGAUACCUUCAACAAUUAUAACCUUUUCCCCCAGUUGCAAGAACUUCUGCAAAGUGAUUAUUUCAGAUAUUACAAGGUUAACCUAAAGAAGCCUUGUCCUUUCUGGAGCGAUGGCAGUCACUGUGGAAUUAGACACUGUGCUGUUAAUCCGUGCCCAUCUGAAGCGGUUCCUUGUGGAAUUAGAUCAGAGACUAAUAAGUAUUCAGAAGCAGCUGCUGCCACUCCCUUGGCUGAAAGCUGUGAAAAAGCAGAAAACCUUGGGGCUGUUGACAAAUCUUUGAGUGAAGAAACUGCACGGGCUAUGAUUCAAUGGACUCAGCAUGACGAUUCUUCAGAAAACUUUUGUGAAGCUGAUGAUAUCCAUUCUCCUGAAGCAGAGUAUGUAGAUUUGCUUCUGAAUCCAGAACGUUACACUGGCUAUAAAGGUCCUGAAGCCUGGAAGAUUUGGAACAGUAUUUACGAAGAAAACUGUUUUAAGCCUCGCUCAGUAAAAAGGCCUUUAAAUCCACUGGCUUCUGGCAGAGGAGGAGUAAGAGAAAAUGAAGGGAAUAUGUUUUACAGCUGGUUGCAAGAUCUCUGUGUGGAGAAGAGAGCUUUCUACAAACUUAUUUCUGGUCUUCAUGCAAGCAUCAACAUUCAUCUCAGUGCCAGAUACCUUUUGCAAGACACGUGGGCAGAGAAGAGAUGGGGGCACAAUGUUACAGAGUUCCAGCUGCGUUUUGAUGAGAUCUUGACACAAGGCGAAGGACCCAGGAGGCUGAAGAACCUGUAUUUCAUCUAUCUAAUUGAGUUACGGGCCCUCUCAAAAAUCUUGCCCUUUUUUGAGCGUCCUGAUUUCCAGCUUUUCACAGGGGAUGAGGAUCAAGAUGUAAAAACCAAGAACCACCUCCUGGAAAUUCUUCAUUUAAUUAAAUCUUUUCCUUUGCACUUUGAUGAAAAUUCACUUUUUGCUGGAAACCAAAAAGAAGCUGCCAAGUUAAAGGAGGAAUUUCGGUUCCAUUUUAAGAACAUUUCCAGGAUCAUGGAUUGUGUAGAGUGCCUGAAAUGCCGCCUUUGGGGGAAGCUGCAAACUCAGGGCUUGGGAACGGCGCUGAAGAUCCUGUUUUCUGAAAAACUGAUAGAAAACAUACCAGAAAAAGGUCCUUCACAUGAAUUUCAUCUAACAAGGCAAGAGAUUGUAUCCCUCUUCAAUGCUUUUGGGAGGAUUUCAACAAGCGUUAAAGAAUUAGAAAACUUCAAGGAGCUCUUACGUCCGCUUCAGUGAAUUGACCCUGAUGGAGACCAACUUCCUUAUUUUAUGCAGAUUGGGCUCUGAGUGAUUCUUGCUGGUGUGGUGCCAGCAUGAUCCCAUUCUUGGCAAGAAAGGCUAAGUCAACAUGAUCAUAAAAAUUGGUCACAUUCUCUAGCUUACAAGUUUAUAUUUGGCUCUGAGGUAGCUGAAAUAUUCAUGAAAGACUCUUUUUCCAAAGCAGGAUAUAUAUCAGAUAUUGGCCUUAUGCGUUCUAUUUUUUAAAAUACACACAAACACACACACACACACACACACACACAAUGAGGGUGGGAGAAUUGUAUCCUUCCUGAUAAUUGCUGAACUACAACUCCCAGCAGUCUUUAUCAGCAUGACCGUUAGUGAGAGAUACUAGGAGUUGUACUUUACCAAUAUGUGAAGGACUUCAGGUUCCUUACCCCUUGUUUACAAGGUUUCUUCCAGCCUGAAGGAUCUUAUCUGCUACUAAUGAAAAGGCAUAGUGCAGCUAUUCUAUAUAUUUUUCUAUUUGUGGAAGGAAAAGGCUAGAUGAAAAAACCAUGGUUACAAAUGAGACUUGAUGACAUCAUCUGGAUUCCCUGCAAAGCAACUGCAUGAUAAAAUGCCUCGUUUAGACACACAAUUAGAAUCUCUUCAUCUUACAUAACAAUGUCUCUUAACAAAAAUUACUCCCUGCUUCAGUGUCCUUAAAUAAUCUUGUGUAAAAUGCCCGAAUCAACCUAGUCUCACAUAUUUGAGUGAAAUUCCAUUCACUUGAGUGACAGACUUACAAGAGCCACUUGGGGCAGGUCCACUUGCCUGUUCAAUACAGGAAUUGACAUUAAAGCAUUCCCAGCAAGAUGGCUCUCUCCUCUCACACGGUUUGCAUGUCAUCUUUUGAAGCUGGUUGGAAGUGGAACUCCAGACUUAAUACUUCCAGUCAGCUCCUGUUUAUCAUUGAGUUGUAUGAGAUGGGUCUAUGACAAUUUCCUGCGGCCAACUUGCCACAGUCAACUUGCCAUGGCCAACUUGCUAUGGCCAACUUGUCACAGCCAACUGACCGCGGGGCAACUCGCCACAGCCAACUCACUGCAGGACAACUUGCUGCAGGACAAGAGUUACACUAAUAUGAAAGAAAUAGUGGAAUAGAAUCAUUAAAGAAAGGAUGCAACAGGAGGGACAAAAUGAAAUGUAAAUGGCAAAAAUUAAAAUAAUUAAAAAUUUUAUUUUAAAUAAUUAAAUUGAAUUGUUAAAUUGUCCUACAGCGAGUUGUCCUAUGGCAGGGCUGUCAAACUCGCAGCCCGCGGGCCAGAUGCGUCAUGAACUGGCCACAUCCAUGCCCGGUUUAGCGAAGGGGAAAAAAGUCGCACUACAUCAUGUGAAGCUGCUGUGAUGAUGCGAGUUUGACACACCUGUCCUAUGGCAAGUUGGCUGUGGUGAUUUGUCCCAUGGUGAGUUGGCCAUGGUGAGUUGUCCCAUUCCAGUAUGAGAUGCCCUUUUUAUUCAAAAAUAAAAGCCAAGCUCCGAGUCCAAAGCAACUGAUCUCUAUCCAGACACUCUCCAGAGAUCCCAUUGUAUAUGUCUUCAUUCCCAGUUGAAAUAGCCAUUAGCUGUGUUGGCUGGGAAUGAUGGAACUGAGACUACGUUACUGGGAUUUUGGUACAAUAAUUUUUCAUCUAAUGCCCACUAGAUGGUUCUGAGCUAUGCUGCAGGUGAACUUCAAGAACCAUUUAAAACAGAUCUGUCUUUUCCUGGGACUGCCUGGUUAUCUCUGCAGCUCCUGGGUGAUUGCAGAAAAAUUCAGAUUUGGUUUAAGGAGUUGCAGAAAAAUGAUUAAUAAGUCCCUCCCCUUCUUCCCCCAAAUUCAGAAGCACCUUUGCAACAGGGGUGGGUUCUACUUACCUUUACUACCGGUUCGCAGCGGGGCCACACACAAGCAUUUUAAUGACGUCGGGGUCGGUGGGCGGAGCCUCCCGCCAGUUUUACUACCGGUUCUAGGAUCCUAUUUUUUUCCCCUCACUCUCUUUAGUUGUCCAUUCCAUUGAGUGUGCUUACUCCACACAAUCUUUUGGUGAUUAAAGGAAAGAUUAGAAGGUUCAAUUAAGGAUCUACUGAUCAUAAAACAAGAUACUUAAAACAAAUCUUUAACAGCGGAAGUCGUAACACAAGGUUUUGAAUUUUAUUGCUGUUUUCCAUUUUACAGAGCUGUAGAUUAUGAACCUUUUGCAAAUUUUAAUAAUAGUAUCCAUCAGAACUUGGGGUAAAAUUACGUCUUCAUUUUUCCCUUUUAGCAUAAUACACAGCAUUUCCAGAGUAAACCAAGGAAGAUGCCAGGAGUGAAGAAAAUAAUUUUAUAUCUGUAUUAUGAUACUCUCUCAUUUUGUUUCUUAGUGGGCUUGGUGCAAUUUUGACACUAGAUUGCAACAUUUUACACCCUGGUGUGAGAAGUUUCACUUUCCCUUCUUCCAAAAAGUUUCAUGAAAAGAACAGUCCAUAUUUGCCAUAUUUGUUGCUUUGUGCCAGACUUCCCCAACUUGGGCAUGGUAUUCCCAGAAUUCUCAGCAACAAGUAGCUGCUUGGGGAAUUUUGGGAACUGAAUUCAUGGGAAUUUCCCCUCCCACAUUGGGAAUUUUUUUUUCCUGUGCCAAGAUAAACUUUAUUUACAUAACAUUGGAGGGGGAGCGGGUUGUAAUAAAACCAUAGGGAAUUUCUGUCACUGAGCUAGAUAGAUUUGUAACUUAUGUUUAUAAUAGCCUAGAGGAGGUGUUCUUUUUUUUUUAAUUGCCUGGAAAAUAAGAGCUACUCAGGGAACUACAGUUAUAAGAUCCCACACGAGGACUUUCCAAUUCCCUACUGUUGCACAAAAGAGGGUCCUUCAGCAGAAACUGGAUGCUUCAGAUCAAGCAAGUCUUGUAUUUCGAUAAUCCUUCCAUUAGCUCUGAAACCUCUACAGGACAUAUGCUAUUGUAAGUUGGCCUGAGGCAGGGGUGUCAAACUCGAUUUCAUUGAGGGCCACAUCAGGGUUGUAUCUGACCUCACACUGGGCGUGGCCAGGAUGGGUGUGGCCAGCUUGAUGUCACUCAUGUCGGGGGCGCCUGUGAUGGCCCACCCGAGGUCCGUUUUCACGGGCAGAGGGUUGCAGAAGGCUAUGGUAGCCAAAAAUGAAGCUCAGGAGCCUGUUUUCACUGGCAGAAGCACCGCGGGCCGGUCCUUCACUGUUUCCAGGGCAGCCCUGGAGGCCAGAUCCGACCCUGGGGCCUUGAGUUUGGCAUCCCUGGCCUAAGGGGAAGGGCAGCUUUAAUUUAGGCCAGCCCUUGAGAUCACAAGCUGGUGACAUGGGAACUGGGCAUUUCAAGCUUAAAGUAAAAUAAAAUAAAAUAAAAAUAAGCAAAGGCUUUUUGGCCCUCACCACUGAAUGUAAUACUUGGAGCUGCCUCUAUGUGUUUAAUUUCUUCAUAUUUGUUUAGUAAAAUGAUGCUUCUUUGAUUGCUGUCCUAUUUUCAAGGAAAGCACAGAAAUAAUUUUGUCCUGUACUUGAAUUGCUCUUUACUGUGAAGAUUAAAGUAAGACUUCAAAAUAAGAUUAAAGACUGAGACUACUACUUCCAAA